CAGCCAAGUAGUAUUAGAGCUCUCUGAAGGCUCCAACUUUCUUCAGCUCCUCCUCGUGUUUAGGCCUCAGACAGCUGAGUCAGGAUGGAAGAAGCGGAGCUGCUAAAAGAGCGCCUUCAAGCCAUCACGGACAAAAGAAAAAUACAGGAGGACAUCGCUUCAAAGCGGCUGGAGAUUGACAGAGAGAAAUUAAAACUCCAGCACUUUAAGAAAAAGUCCAUGCGGGAUCUUUGGCUGAUGGAUGGAGCGAGUGCUGAGAGUGGUCAGGAGUCUCAGAAAGCUCAGGAAGACGCUCAACAGGCCAAACUACUGCAGCGCAACAUUCACAGGAUAGAGAAAGAAAUCGAGGCUCUGGAGAGAGAAGAGCUCAAUAUUUCCACAAACGAAGGCCUAAUUCUGAAGAGACUGAAAGCCAUUGAGAAAUCUACAGAGGACAUAAUUAAGGCAGCAAAUGAAAACUUCAAAUCAGAACCCAUCCACAGUUACUCAGGACUUCAAGACACAAAGACAUCACACACACCUCUAAACCGGAGGAAACUGUCCACUCCAAGUGACCAAGACUCCAAAAAUGACCAAAACAAACCAGCCUUAUUCGCCAUGGAAAUCAACGUCCAGAAGGACCUACGUACAGGCGAAAGCCGCGUCAUCUCCACCUCCACCGUAUCCACCCAAGAGCUCCAGAACAGGGGCAUCAAGGUGUACGACGACGGGCGCAAAUCUGUUUAUGCCCUCCGCUCGGAUGCCAUCCAGCCUGGAGCCAACGGAGUGGACGAGCUCAGUCCUACGGAAGUGGAGGAACUCCUCCGUCAGGCCACGGAAAAGAAGAAGCGACUCCAGGAGAGCAAGGAUCCUCCAUUCAGCAUGAACUACAACCGCUCACCCUCACCUCUGGGCAAGCCCCACCAAGACCAGUACGCUAAUGGCUACCUCCCCGAGCCGCUCAGUGCGGAUGGGCUGACGUGGCCUGAGCUGAUAUACUGCGACGGUGAAGUGCAUUACCCUGGGCAGGACCACCACCCACCCGCACACAUGUUCCACCACUACGCUGACGGGGAACCGGGGUAUUACACCAGCAAUGGGAACAGUUACGGAGAUGAGGAAUGUUUUACAGUGCACGGAGAAAUGAGGCAACACAGUCACGGCCCGUUCUACAACCCCCAAGACCCCCACAGAGGAACUCAUCACAUGGAUCAGGAUCAGAACCUCAGGCCGACCUCAGCCUACAGCACCGACUCCAGAAUCAGCGUGCUGAACGCCCUGCCUUCAGACGAGCCCGUCACCAUGAUCUUCAUGGGCUAUCAGACUGCGGAUGGAGAAGGUACCGACAGCUACGAGGGCUCCGUCCGGGCCGAGCUCGUCGUCAUCGGGGAUGAAGAGGAAGGCCACAGUGCCCGUCCCCACCAGAGCCACCAGAACUGCAACGCCAACAACGCAUCCCAGCACCAGCUCCAAGCCACAGGGGGCGCCAAAGCUACACAGAAGGGGAGCGGAAAAAAACGAGGCCAGAGAGUCUAGGCCCUGCUGGAGUUCAUUCCAGAGUGACCGGAGUGACCAGAGUGACCAGAAAGGCCACAGAAAAGGUCAUGGAAGAAAAUUACUGACCACAAGCUCAUGAAGAACCACCAGCUGCAGCGUUCUAAAAGUGUCCGGCGGAAAUCAAUAAAGCAAGAAAGAAUGAAUAGAAGAGUGCAUUUUAUUACAGAGAUAUGAUGAUGAUGGUGAUGAUACUACUGUUUAUGGUAUGAUAUAUGUUCCCAGCAUUGAACUGUUCAGCUGUGAAGAACAGCAAAAAUGAACAAGCAUAACCACCUUAAAGUCGGUACCACUUUAAAAUAAGACUAUAGGGACAUUCCAGGAUUUUGGUCCAUUUCAGGGGUGGUCACUUCUGAAAAUUUGAUCUUCAAUUUGAUCAUUUUUAGUCAUAUAUUUAUUAAAUACCGGUAAUAGACUUUUUAAUAUCAAAAAGUUUGAUUCGUCAAGCUCAGGAAUCAAAGCAGUUUUUUAUAUUAGAUUAUGCAAUAUAUUUGGUAACUUACAGUAACAGGGUUGCGAGUAACAGGGUUGCAAAUAUAGGUUAUAUAAGUUGUGGUUUACCCCAGGAACAGAUGCUAACUGUAAAAUUUAGCUAUGUAUACAAGAUCAAGGACAAACAUGGUUAUAUUAUAAGUAUAUAAAGUAAAUUUUGACUCUACUCAAUAUUAGUCAAUAUUACAAUAUGAGUAACAGGGUUGCGUUCACUGAGUGACACACACAAUUUGGACAAAAACAUAUUUGGAAUAAAAACUUUGAAAAAAUUGUUAGAGCACUUACUCUUGGUCUCGCCAUGUGGGCAGAAAAUGUCCUUGUGAUGUCACUUCCUUUGUGCCAGUAGUGCCCAAAAUAUUUGUAACUCUUUCUCUGCAGGUAAAAUUCCUCAUGGUAACAGGGUUGAGCGCAUGUUGUGGGACACAACUUAAUAGCAUAAAAACUGUAACAUGCAAAACAAUGUAGACCAAAGAAGUUGUUUUCAUAAGUAAAGGAGAUGCAGAUCAACAAUAUACAAGAGGAAGUCAUUUAAUUAGAGCUUAUUUUAAUUGUUAAAUUUGCCAAAGGAGUUGGUCACCCAAUGUGUGGGACAAGAGAAAACGGCCAUUUUUUGAGGUGGUCCAAAGGUAUUCGAUCUUUUGAAUAAUAUCUAAGGAGCUUAUUUUUCCACCAUAUUUUACAGUUUGUCUUAUAACAAGUACAUUGUUCACAAAAAAAAUAGUCAUUUAGAUAUUUUGGAUAUGUACAUUUGAAAUGUUAGUGGUGGGACAGGAAAUGUACCAAAAUCCUGGAAUAUCGCACUACCUUUAUUAAGGGUUUAUAAAUGGUUCACAAUUAGUUUAUUAAUGGUUACUAAUUAGGUUGUAAAUGCUUUAAAAACAUUAAUAAUUAGUUAUAUCACAUACGUAGAAAGGGCAACAAUGACCUGCUGUUUGCCAAAUAGUGAACCUAAUUAGUAACCAUUAAUAAACUAAUUGUAAACCAUUUAUAAACCCUUUAUAAAGGUAGUCUUAUUUUAAAGUGGUGCCUAAAAGUCUAUUUCUAACCAUAAAAAAUAUAUCUUUCUCCAUGAACAUUCUCUUUAGCUCAAUUAAAAUAAUUAAAAUAAAGUUAAUGUGUAGUUUUAUGACAUAAACUGUGUUUAAAACCGUUUCCAUACUAUUAUUUUCGUCCACACAGACAAAUCCAACACAUAACACACUUAAUCCCCACAUAUAACAUAUACAAAUAUAAUUGCGUCCAUAUACACUACAUGGACAAAAGUGUUGGGACACCUGUUCAUUCAUAUUUUUUUCCAAAAUUAAAGCUAUUAUUAAAAAGAUUUUUGCUAAUAUUUCAUAACCACCUAAAAGUCAAUUUCUUACCCAAAAAAUCGAUUUUUCUCCAUAAACAUUCUCUUUAGCUCAAUUAAAAUAAUUAAAAUAAAGUUAAUGUGUAGUUUUAUGACAUAAACUGUGUUUAAGACCGUUUCCAUACUAUUGUGUUUGUCCGCACAGACAAAUCCAACACAUAACACACUUAAUCACCACAUAUAACAUAUACAAAUAUAAUUUCAUCCAUAUACACUAAAUGGACAAAAGUGUUGGGACACCUGUUCAUUCAUAUAUUUUUUUUUCCAAAACCAGAGGUAUUAUUAAAAAUAUUUUUGCUAGUAUUUCCCAUACCCUUGAACUGGGAAGCGUGAAGCUAAAGCCCCCCCACGAGAAGAGAUACAGAAAGAGAAGGAAAGAGAAAGAAAUAAAAAAGAGGGAAGACGGUGAGAAGACACACAGGUAGAGAGGAAGUGAGGGUUUAUAUAGGGCGAGUGGGAGGAGUAAAGAAUGGUGGGUCAAUCUUCCAAAAUUAAGUUAUAUUCAUAACUCCACUUAUCCUGCUUAAGUUAGAGUAACAGUCUUUCCACUAGAUCGUAGAGUAAAAAGAUUGCUGUGGGGAUUUGAUUGCCUUUAGCGACAAGUUUCAGAGUUUGUAAGAGGACAGGAUGUUGGGUGUCAGAUGUCCCUGACUCAUCCCAUCCAAAAGUAUUGGACAGAGCUCCAUUAUCAUUCCACAAAACAACAGUUAUUCCACUGCUGCACAGUUCAAUACUAAAAGCUUUAUACCCCUUAUAUAGACCACAUCUGGUCAUCUGUUUCGGCAGUACUGGUUCAUCAUAAAUCAUAAACCAAAACUAACCAGUCUGAAUUUGAUCAUUUAUCAAAAAUUAUCAGCAGAACAAGUGGCACGCUCCAAAAAUGAUCAAAUUACCAAAAACAAUUUUGCUUUUAUGUUAAAAUGGGUCCACUUAAACCCCAAACUUAACAGGAGGGUUAAAUACUGUCAGUGGUUUGACUUACUGAAGCACAAAAUUGGUUUGGUAACCUCAUUGAGCUUUGAACUUCAUAGCCAGGUGUAUCCAAUCACGAGAAAAGGUAUUUAAGGUGGCCAAAAGUUGUUCUCCUAUUUGAAUCUCCUCUGAAGAGUGGCAUCAUGGGCUCAUCAAAACAACUCUCAAAUGAUCUUAAAACAAAGAUUGUUGAACAUAGUUGUUCAGGGGAAGGAUACAAAAAGUUGUCUCAGAGAUUUAACCUGUCAGUUUCCACUGUGAGGAACAUAGUAAGGAAAUGGAAGACCACAGGGACAGUUCUUGUUAAGCCCAGAAGUGGCAGGUCAAGAAAAAUAUCAGAAAGGCAGAGAAGAAGAAUGGUGAGAACAGUCAAGGACAAUCCACAGACCACCUCCAAAGAGCUGCAGCAUCAUCUUGCUGCAGAUGGUGUCACAAAAUCGGUCGCAUCGGUCAACAAAAUGAUAAGGGUGCCCAUACUUUUGCACCGGUCAAAUUUUGGUUUAAUGCAUAUUGCACAUUUUCUGUUAGUACAAUAAACCUCAUUUCAAUCCUGAAA